AUGCAGUACGACAACGCACUCGACUUCAUCUCCACUGUCCGCCACACAUUCACCAAUGAGCCAUGGGUAUACGAUGCUUUUGUCGUAGUCCUCUCCGAGUACCGAAAGCAACAGAUCGAUAUCGAUGAUCUUAUGACCCACAUGCGGGCCAUCUUUUCCUCCCAUGAUGAUCUCUUUGAUCACUUCUGCAGCUUUCUGCCCGACCAGGACCAGCAGCCUUGCUGUCCAUCCGCACUCGAUUUCGUCAGCUACGUAAAAUCCCGCUCUGCCCCACAUCUCUACUCCGCCUUUUUGUCUCUCUUGAACGAGGUGGAGCGGGGUGAGGUGGCUGUUUCCGAGAUGUACACCAAGACUUGCGCACUAUUCCAACAUGAUUCCGAACUCAUGUCCGAGUUUGAGUCCUUCUUUAGAGGCGAAUGGUCCAGUGUGGGCGAUGAUCUUUCCGACCUAGAUGAAGAACUCGACAGCUCAUCUGUCCAAUCUUCACCCUCACCUAGUGUCGAAUCUUUCACGGGCGUUCAAACCCCUAAAGAUUCCGGAUCACCCCUUCCCCGCACACUCAACCUCAAAGCUCUCUCCAUCGACUCUCAGCCUCAAUCCCAACCCCAGGUAUCGCUCGCUGGCGAAUGGAGCUCAUGA